AUGACGGCAAGAGUGGAGUUGAUGCGCCGACUCUUCACUGACCCGCGCUUUGCACCUCCUGAAGCGGCACCCCGGACCAAGGUGGCCACCAACAGGCGGCAGAGCCGACCCGAGGAGCGCCAGCGGCAGAACAUCACGGUGAGUCGUUUGGAUGAGAAAGUUUUUGUCUCAGCACGAAAUGGAAUGAAGGGAUACGAAGUUCGGUUCCGGCAUCAAUUUGGAAGAUAA